GUCGAGGAUCUCGGCGGCAUGGCACGGUCUUACAGCGUGGGGUCUGUUCCUGCCGUGCUCGAGGAUGGCAUCGAUAUCAAGGCAUACCAGGCUGAGGAUGGAGUAACGAGUUUCCGGCGUCGCGACAUUGUUCCGCCUCAGCCUGGUGCCAAUUUGCUCGUCGUCGAUCUGGAGCCUGGCGUUGUCAGCAUGAUGCAUCGAACCGUAUCCAUAGAUUUCUCCAUCUGCUGCGUCGGCGAAACUGACCAUGAAUUGGAUAGUGGCGAGAAAGUGCGUCUGUAUCCCGGAUUGAGUACAGACCAUAUCGUGCAGCGAGGCACAUAUCAUCGUUGGUCCAAUGCAUCGAAGGACAAGCCUGCUCGAUUCGUCGCCUGUACUCUGCCAUGUGUUCCCUUCGAUAUCGCAGGCCAAGAGUUGAAAGAAGAG